UUACGAUGGUGGAUUGGGUUACAUGCUGUUGUAUCAGAGGACACUGGUGUAUCAUGGGUGUGGGAAAGUGGAGAGCCAAUCACGUACGAUAACUGGGGAUAUGGGAACCCAACUAUUGACGGUGGAGAAUGCACUGUGUUUUAUGGAGGGCAGAUAGGACAUGGGAUGUGGUACAGCACCAGGUGUGAGAAGGAGGCUUACAGUAUUUGUGAGAUGCAAAGAGAUGGAUGGACACAACCACCUAUAACCACUCCCUCCCCUGUGGGUGGAUGUCCUUAUGGUUAUUCCACACCAAGUCCCGACAGCUCAUAUUGCUACAAAGUUGUAAUUGCUGCAGAAACAGACGAAUAUGAUCAGAAGCAAUCGUGGGGAAACGCAAGACAUCAGUGUUUUUCUGCUGGAGGGGAUUUGGUUUCAAUCCACAGCAAAACGGAGGAAUCGUUUUUAAUAAAUGAGCUUAGUAGGUUAGGUUUGUCAAGCUCAUCAGUGUGGGUUGGACUUAGUAGCAAGGAAGGAGAAGGUUGGUCGUGGUCUGAUGGAACACCUGUUGAAUAUACAGACUGGAGCCUUGGCGCCCCAAGUGGCGUGCUCGACAGUGGAUGUGUGGUGAUGAAAUACGAACCAUUCGUCAACACGGGGUUCUGGAACAACCUAAACUGUCUAGAGCCUCUGAAUUGGGUCUGUAAGCUUCAGAAAGGCAUCAAGCCACCAGAACCAACGGACAUCCCAACAGGAACGCCUAACUCACAAUGUGGGAGUGAGGAUGAUGGAACGUGGCUUGAUUUUAAAGGAAUGUGUUAUCUUUUCAAUGAUGGCUUAGAAGUGACGAAAUAUACGGCAGAUCGUGCAUGCCAAGCAGUUGGUGGAAACCUUAUUUCCGUUCAUUCUCAUGAAGAACAAUCUUUCCUUACAGGCCAAAUACAGAAAAUGCAGCUUGAUAGAUACUGGACAGGACUAGGUGAACACGGAGGAACAAAUGGGGAAUAUUUAUGGUCGGAUGGAACACCAGUCGAUUAUGUAAACUGGAACACAGGCGAACCGAACGACUCCCUUGGCAUGGAACAAUGCAUUACUAUGUUGAAAGUAAAUGGUAAAUGGAAUGAUGCAAACUGUGGAUUGGAUAUAGGAGGUUACAUAUGCAAAGCUUACCUUGGUUCUCCACCCAAUCCACCACAGCCCACGCAACCAUGGCCAGGUGGCUGCCCUGCCAACUGGUUAGAAUACGGCAAUUAUUGUUUCCAAAUACAUGGACAAAAUGGAGUUUGUGACCCGACUACUACUGACAAUCCUGAUUGUGCGGAUACUUUUGUAAACGCAAACCAGAAUUGCAUUUCGGUUGGUGGAAACUUGGUCACAAUCCAUAAUAAAUAUGAAAACUCCUUUAUAACAGCACACAGUAUUAACGCUUACAACAACUUAUGGAUUGGCUUCAGUGACGCACACUGGUAUUACAAAUACACAUGGGCAAGUGGGGAUGAGGUCACUUACACUAACUGGAAGUCUGGUGAACCCAACCAUAGCAACAAUGAAGAGAAUUGCGUUGAGAUGUAUCAUGGUGAAGAGUUGGCCGGGUUAUGGAACGACAAUCGAUGCGAGAAUAAGUUGCCGUACAUUUGUUCCAAAGGAAAAGAUCCGGACACCACACCUGGCCAGCAAAUCAACAAUAAUAAAAAAUGCCCGUCCGGGUGGAUGCAGUUUGACAAACUUGGGGGCACAUACGUUUGUUAUUACCUCGACAAAACAAUGAGAUCUUUCGAAGAUGCCUCAACAAACUGCAAGAGCAUGAAUAGCGAACUAGCAAGUAUACAAUCUCCAUAUGAUGAAGCGUUUAUCAUUAGUUAUGUUCAACAACAAGUUGUUUGGUUGGGAAUGAGACUUAACAGUGACACGGCCGAUUGGUAUUGGUUAGAUGGUUGGCCGGUAUGGGUAACAUAUUGGGGGGAGUACCAGCCAGGUUCUGACCCCACUAAGGGUUGUGUGUUGCAUAGAGAUACAACUGUUGGUGCGGAAUGGACGACUGUAAGCUGUGCCGAGCAACACUAUAGUGUGUGUAAAACAACAAACGAGCAAACCCCCACUACCCCGGCAUCUAUCACUGGUGAUUGUGAAGAUCCAAGUUGGGUUCAAUACGGCGGAUAUUGCUAUUUCUAUUAUGUGUUGGAGGGAAAAGAAGGAGAAAAUCUUGGUUCAUCUUGGCACGACGCAGAAUAUGAAUGCGGCAAAUACGCCGGUCAUCUGGUUAGUUUCACUUCACGUGCAGAAGUUGAAUGGAUGUUGAGUUGGUUCAAUUACACUGAAGCCAUGUGGAUUGGAUUGCAAGAAAAUGGAGAAGGUGGUUGGUCGUGGACCGAUGGCCGACCCGUUUCCUUCACGUAUUGGAAUGAAGGUGAACCAAAUGAUGCGGGGGAAGAUGGGGAGGACUGUGUUGAGAUGUACGGCAACAGCGGGAAGUGGAAUGACAUCCCGUGUUCGAACCAACACGGUUACAUGUGCAGAGUGCCUAAGAUUCUUGGAACGGACGCAAAUGGAAACAACAUUCACUUCACAACAACUGAAACUAAUAAACCAAUCAAGGCCAACACAACAGGCAUAGUGGUGGGGGUGGUCAUAGGUGUUUUGCUCGCUAUUAUUGUCCUUCUUUCGUUGGCAUAUUACUGUUCACGGAACUCAUCACCAUCUGUAUCUAAGCUAGCUGAGGAUGCCUCUGAUUUUUCAUCUGGAAUUGUUAAUAAAGUUUAUUCGCUUACUGGUAGCACCAGCACACCAAAGGAAGGAGAUGAGGUAUUUUAAACCAGAUGGAUUUUUUUGUUAAUCAAUUUACAUGGAAUUUACUUACUUGAGUGUAACGGUCACCCCUUUUAUCCUUAACUUUAUUUCUUUUUUUGCUUUAUUCAUAGCAUGUUUAUACGACUGUUGUUUUAUCGUUACUACCCGCCUUUUGGCUUUUAUAAACCUUCCCGAUCUUCAUUAUCGUGACCGUAGGG